AUGAAUGCCUUUUUUGAUAGUUAUGUCCAUUCGAAGAAAAACUUGAAAGAGUUUGUCGACCAGUUUGGCAGUGCGCUUAAGAAGAAAAUUGAGAAUGAAAAUCAGGCAGAAUUCCAGUCUUUUAGUGUCACUAUCCCCUGCUUAUCUAGAUCUCCAAUAGAAAAGAAAUUUCAAGAGUUAUACACCAACACGAAAUUCAAGGAAGUUCAGCAACAAGUAAUUGGUGUGCUUGAUCUGGAGACAUCUCUACUGACGUCAGAUGGUGUUUUGAAGAGUUAUUUGGUAGAAUAUGAAGUUCGUAUUCAGGAGUUCACAAAAAGCUUGACAUAUUCCGUGGAAUUUAAUGUGGAUGAUUGCAAUGCAAAAUGUUCAUGUGGGUUAUUUCAAAUGAGGGGGAUACUGUGUAGACAUAUUUUGGCGAUAUUCAAAUCAAACGGUAUAAAAUCAUUGCCAGACCGGUACAUUUUAGACCAAUGGAGGAAGGACAUCAAAAGGAGAUACACAGUAAUCCGAAGCAGCUACGACGAAGGGGAUCAGAGGGCAAAUGGUAAUAGAUAUUCUAUCCUUUUGAAUAUAUGUUAUACGAUGAUAGAUUAUGCGGUGGAUUGUAAUGAGCACUUUGAAGAUGCAAAGAAGAGGAUACAUGAGAUGACUGAAUAUUAUCGUCAGAACCAGCGCCCCAUAUCUUUCACCGAAUCAGAUUCGUUCGAAGGGGGUUUGGAGACGCUAGAUACAACUACUGUUGGUAGCUUACAACAAGUCAAGAGUCCAAAUGUUGUUAGAGGGAAAGGAAGACCCCCAUCUUUGAGGAGAGCAUCCAGGAUGGAGACAGAGAUGCGCAAGGUUAAAGCCAAACAAAGUAAGGCACAAGUGGGAGGAAAACGCAAACAUAUUCAUCGAGAUGAAGGAGAUACAACAGCAAAGGAGACGCACAGGAAUUUAUUUGGCCCAACAGAGACCCCCAUCUUCAAUGUUGGAAAUUUUCAGAUUGUGGCAGACAGCUCAGCUACUGACAUUUGUGGUACCCAGUUUCAACAUACAGUAUUUGGGACUUAA